AUGGCAUUCUGCUCCGUCAUUGGAGUCACCAUCCUCGGCCUCUUCGGGGACAGAGUCGGCAGAAGAUGGAGUUUCAUUCUCUUUUCUAUACCAACGGUUAUAGGGUGGAUACUUGCGUAUUUUUCAAGAGGAUUCAUCACUUUACUGUUAUCCAGAAUAUUAAAUGGUACAGCUGCAGGUGCGUUUUCAAUAUUGAGCAUGAUUGGUGCUGCAGAAUACACGUCUCCCAACACAAGAGCAUUUUACCAGAGCAUGAUUUCAAUGGUUGCAUCUGCGUUAGGAAUGGGCAUAGCACAUGCUGCUGGAGUUAUUAUACAUUGGAAAACUUUAUCCAUAUUCGGAAUGGUGCUAGCUAUCUUACACAUAUGUUUGCCAUAUAUAUCCGUGGAAUCCCCCCAGUGGUUGGCGUCUAGAGGAAGAUUCGAUGAGUGCCAAAAGGCAUUCCGAAAACUACAUGGAACCAAACGGAGUAGUGAAAAUGAAUUGAGGCUACUAAUCAAAAUGGAGACUAAAAAACAGAUUUUGGCCACUGAAACGAAACUCAACAAUGGUUUUAACAAACUUAUGGAUGCUUUAAAGAAGAGAUACUUCUGGGGUUUGAUUUUGACAAAUUGUUUUGCUUACACGUACUUUGCCUUCGCUGGCAAAGUUAUAUUCACUAAUCUAGCGACUGUUAUAUUGGAAGAAAUGACUGGGAACUCUGACGUUUUGUUAUAUACGCUGCUAGUUGAUGGUUUUGUUUUAUUAGGUACAUGUGUAUCAGGUGUUUUGAUUAAGAAAAUGUCAGUCCGUGUUCUGUUAUUCACGUCUGGUGUCACUGCUAAUUUGUUGUUGUUAGUUUUAAGUGUUUGUUUGUAUUUUAAAAAUGAUGAGAAGUAUUUUCAGUGGAUCAAUGUUACUCUGCUUGCUUUUUAUUUUAUUAUGGCUAACGCAGGGCCGUAUCCAGUUUUAGACAUAUUGUUGGGUGAAUUGUUUCCACUAGAAAUCAAAAUGUAUUGUUUUAUGCUGACUACACCUAUAUUAAUAGGGACAAUUUUUGGCAGUAUAUUGGUGAUGCCAAUGCUGGUUACUGCAGUGGGCUACCAUGGUCUGUUUUUCAUCAAUGCAAUGGUUGUGUUCGUUUGCUUGGGUUACUUCUGGCUAAGGUUGCCGGAAACUAAGGGGAAGACUCUGCAAGAGAUCGAGGUGUAUUUUAAAACGAAAAAUUUUGAUGUGGAGAAUGUUAUAAAUGAACAAAAUAAAUCUUUAAUAUGA